UUUUGAUGAAAUGAUAAAACUAAUAACGAAAGAUUGAAUACGUGUUCAUAUCAAAAUAUUUUGUCAAUAUUUUUCUUGUAAACAACGUAUUAAACGAUAUUUAUUUAUAUUUAAUCGUAUGUAAUUUAUUGAUUAUAUCUGAGAUUGUUUUUAAAAUUUAUCUUUAUAUUGUGAGUUAAACAAGGUUAAGAUUUUCACAAAUUUGCAAUGAGUCACAUCUAUGAAACGUGGAACUUUUAGUAUUGUUAAUUAUAUGUUUUAUUAGAUAGUUGAAUAGUCAGUGGUCAAAUUUUGUAAAAAACAGCCAUUUACUUAAAGGAUAUAAAUACACAAUGGCUCCUAGAAGAAAUAAAGCUGGUCUCUUAGCUAGGGUUAACUUUCCUCUUUACACUCUGCAAAUGUUGACUAGUAGACAUAUACUAGUUGGAGGUGGUGGUGGAUCCUCAAAAACUGGAGUUGCAAAUGGAUUUGAAAUAUUUGAACUUCUUCAUGAUGGAGUACAAUUUCUUGCCGAAGAAGUUACAAGACAUGAAACAGGUCCUACUGUAGUCAUGAACUGUGCUACGUAUAAUAAUGAGAAAAGGUCAUGGAUACUAGCUGGUCAAGAGAAUCACUGUCAGUUGUAUAAUGUAAACACUAAAAUAAUAAAUGUAGAAAAUGGAGAAGUAAUUAAAAAGGCUGGCAAUAUAACAAAGGAUAAUGUCAGAAAUAGAAAAAUUAAUGAAAAGAUUGAAGAAGAGUGGACAACGAAGGGAAAAAUACAAGAAAUUAAAGAUGAUAAUUAUAAUAUUAAGUGCAAAAAGUUACAGUUAAUUAUAAAACCUAUUGAUAGUGUUCAAACAGAUUUUAGUGAAGAUGAAUCAUUACAAAGAAUAGUUCGUAUAAGUUUCAAUGGAAAAUUUAUGGCCACUGGUGGUACAGAUAGUUGCAUAAGAAUAUGGAAAUUUCCACAAUUGCAAAAAUUGCAUGAUUUAAAAGCACAUCAAAAAGAAAUAGAUGAUAUUGAUUUUAGCCCAGAUAAUAAUUCAUUGAUAACUAUAGCUAAAGAUGGUAAAGCAAUUUUAUGGGACGUUGCCAGUGGUUCAUUAAAUAAAGAACUCACGUGGAAUACUCCAAAUAAUACAAAAUAUAUGUACAAAAGAUGUCGAUUUAGAAUAUCAGAAGAAAAUAAAUUAUUGAAUCAACUAUUUCUUCUUUCUAAUGCAACUAUGGGAAAAGAUCCAAGUUUUCUUCAAUUAUGGGAUACAGAAUCUGGAAAUAUAAUCAAAUUUAUUAUUUACAAGGAAACUUUAUCUGCUUUAGCAGUCUCUGAUGAUGGAAAAUUUGUAGCUGUUGGAACAAUGUUUUCUGGUAGUGUAGACAUAUACGUAGCUUUCAGCUUAAGAAGAGUACUGCAUGUACCUGGAGCACACAAUAUGUUUGUAACUGGCUUAGAGUUUUUACCCACAAAAUUAGAUGGACCACCCAUCACUAGUAAUUCAGAAACUUCAGUAAUUAGCAUUUCUAUAGAUAACAGAAUUUGUAUACACAGUAUACCAUUUAGACAUACAAUACCAUUUUGGCUCGGCAUGUUGCUGAUAAUCCUGAGUAUUUGUGCAGCAUUUAUAUUUUGUAGCUAUCUUGGUAUUUGACUGACAGAAUUUAUUGUCAAAAUAUCACAUCAAUUUGUUUGUAUCAGAAAAAUAUGCAAAUAUUUGAAUUAUUACAUUCUAACGCCAAUUAUCUUUCACUUUAGAGUUUAAACUUUAUGAGCAUGUGUGUAAUAUCUGAUAAAUUGCAGGAUUAAUUAAAAAUAUAUAAAAUAUUCAAAAAAUAUAUAUAGUAUAUAAGAAAGGUAUAAUUAUUCACUAAUCGUUAUGUAAAUUGUAUAAAUUUCAUUUAUAAUACAUAUAUUAACUUAUACAAGCAUAUUUAUAUGAACAUUCGAAUAAUCCCGGAGUUUAUCAAAUAUUGCAUGUUUUCAAUAAGAGGAAGCGCACGAACAUUGUAAAUAUAGAUUUGGAAUUGACCAAACGCGUCUAUUUUCUUUGAAUAUACGAAGAUUAUUCAAUAGCGUAUAAUAUUGAAUUUUAAUAUAUAUAUUAUAAUUUAUAAUAUAAAUUAUAAUAUAUAUAUUUAAUAUAUAAUAUAUAUUAUAUAAAU